AGGAAGGGGAAGAUAAGAGCCAAUCGGUGAGGCCUUGUUGGUGAGGGUGGGCGCUAGAUACGCCGGCUCCUAUUGGCCCCGACACAACUCCUUCAGCGUCGCCAUGGAGAUCUGACAAGGCGCAAGGACAUGUCCCGGGACUAGCUCUGAUCACUUCCGAGCGAAAGACCGCCCCCGGAGCCGAGAAGGGGGACCGUUUUAUCCGACGGCAUGCUGGGAGUAACGGGGAAAGCCUGAGCUCUGGAAUUCCCCCUCGAGGCGCUCCCGGCGGGGAUCUGCUCCCACCCUUAAACUGGAAGUGCUACGGGAUUCCGUUGGGGUUUCUGGGAUGGAUCUUGGGAAUGGCACGGAGGACCAGUUUUUCGGGAAUGCCACGGAGGAGACCCCCGGAGACCCCGUCCCGUCGUGGGACAAAACCACGCUCCUGGGGCUCCAGAUCUCUCUCUCAGCGUUCCUGGCGGUGGUCACCCUGGCGACGGUGCUCUCCAACGCCUUCGUCAUCACCACCAUCUUCCUCACCCGGAAGCUCCACACGCCCGCCAACUUCCUGAUCGGCUCGCUGGCCGUCACCGACCUGCUGGUGUCCAUCCUGGUCAUGCCCAUCAGCAUCGUCUACACGGUCAGCAAGACCUGGUCGCUGGGCCAGAUCUUCUGCGACGUCUGGCUCUCCUCCGACAUCACCUUCUGCACCGCCUCCAUCCUGCACCUGUGUGUCAUCGCGCUGGACCGCUACUGGGCCAUCACCGACGCCCUGGAGUACUCCAAGCGGCGGACCACGCGCCGCGCCGCGGUCAUGAUCGCCGUGGUGUGGGUCAUCUCCAUCUCCAUCUCCAUGCCGCCGCUCUUCUGGCGGCAGGCCAAGGCCCACGAGGAGCUGACGGAGUGCAUGGUGAACACCGACCAGAUCUCCUACACCCUGUACUCCACGUUCGGCGCCUUCUACGUGCCCACGGUGCUGCUGGUCAUCCUCUACGGCCGCAUCUACGUGGCGGCGCGCUCCCGGAUCUUCAAGACGCCGGCGUCGCGGGGCAAGCGCUUCACCACGGCGCAGCUCAUCCAGACCUCGGCCGGGUCGUCCCUCUGCUCCAUCAACUCGGCCGCCGCCCAGGAGGUGGGCCUGCAGGGGGCCGGCGGGGGAGGGGGAGGAGGAGGAGGAGGAGGAGGAGGGGGCUCGCCGCUCUUCCUCAACAGCGUGAAGGUGAAGCUGGCGGACAGCGUGCUGGAGAGGAAGAGGAUCUGCGCGGCGCGGGAGCGGAAGGCGACGAAGACGCUGGGCAUCAUCCUCGGGGCCUUCAUCGUGUGCUGGCUGCCCUUCUUCGUGGGCACGCUCGUCACGGCCAUCUGCAAGGACUGCUGGUUCGACCCCGUCCUCUUCGACGUCUUCACCUGGCUGGGCUACCUGAACUCGCUCAUCAACCCCGUCAUCUACACCGCCUUCAACGACGAGUUCAAGCAGGCCUUCCAGAAGCUUAUCAAGUUCAAGAGAUGCUACUGAUUCACCCCCUCCCCCCCUUUGUUCUUUUUUUUUUUUUUGACAUCUUAUCUUGCUUCGGGGCCUUUUUGGAGAGUUCGCUUCAGCUUUGAGGAGGAUUUUCUUCGGCUUUGAGAAUUAGAGAGAGUACUUUAAGCCUCUAUCAUCUCCUCGCGUUUUGGCACGUUUGCUGUUAAGGUAUGCUUGGUACUUUUCAGAGCUUAAGACAAGGAGUGCUUACCGGAGAACCCCUAAGAGCACUGUAAAGUGACAUUUGACUAUGUAAUGCACAUUGUGAUUAGUCAUUUUACAUUUCUGUACAUUGGAUCCUCAUUGUAAAAAAAGAAAAAGAAAAAAAGACUCUCAUGGCAUUUGUAAAUGUUUUUUCCUGAAGAAACUAAUGCAUGAUUAAGAAAAUUAAAUAAGUAUAGAGCUCAAGCGUAGGUCCUCAAGCCAUUAAAUCUACUUUAGAUCUUCAGCAACGGAAGAUCCGCUCCUGCCUUACCAGCCCUCGAGAAUUUCAAGUCUGUUCGUGGAGGCGAAAAUAAACUGAGCCAUUUAAGAGAGAUAAGAGCCAAGCACAGACGACGCGAAGCUAGCGGACCCAGGGAGGCGGCGUGCGCGGUGCGAGAACCUGAACUCGAUCGCUCGUACCGGCCGGACGACUGAGAAUCAAGAGCACAAUCACUGUGGGUUAAUGUGUGUGUACAGUGCAGUCCUCCCAUCAGUCCCUGGCCACGCUGGAAGACCUCCUGUCGCCUCUUCUUCUGUGUUUUUUUUUUUUGGCAGGGAAAAAUGUGCAGUGAGUCUACUCAUUUCUACCUAUUCCAAUGUCAAUGAUGAUGAUGAUGAUGAUGAUGAUGAUGAUGAUGAUGAUGAUGAUGAAUCUACCUUCAAAUAAAGAGAAACUAUAUCUAGAGAAAAGAAAGGAGAAG